ACUGGACUGAGAGCAGAAGAUACUGUACAGAGAGAGGAGCAGAUCUAGUGAUCAUAGAGAACAGACAAAAACAAGAUUUCAUGAAGAAAAUAUCCAAUGGAAGUGACGUCUGGAUUGGUCUGACCGACAGUGAAGUAGAGGGAACAUGGAAAUGGGUUGAUAACAGCACCCUGCCCUCUGGCUCUGGGUUCUGGAAACAAGGAGAACCCAAUGGAGGUACAGAUGAGAACUGCGCUUUCAGUGGUUCAGCAGGACUGUUUGAUUUGACAUGUUCUAACCUUUUAAAAUGGAUCUGCGAGAGGAAAAAUAUAGAAUGACUGUUAUGUACAAUACUUUUUCAGCCUAAAUAUUCUAGAAAACUUAAACAACAAAAUCUUUUGAGUAAUUUUGACAUUUACAAUUUUCUCUUAACCGUUAACCUAUAAUGUAAAAUGUUGUAGCAUUUUUAAAGUCUAUACAAUUUUGAACUCACACUUUUAUCAUAUUUGUUAUCUUGCUCGCAGCCCUGUAAAGCUCAUUAAGUAUAUAUUUGUAUAAAUUACAAGCAUUAUUUGAAUAUUAAAUUUAUGAAGUGUUUGUAAA